AUGACGGCCCUGGCGGAGCGCAACUCCUGGGCCGCCGAGGGCCUCGACGACCGCGACGCCUGCGGCAGCGGCAUCGCGACCGUCGCGCUCGGCGACGACGAGCCGCGGCUCGUGCGGACGCUCCGCGGCCACCGCGGCGGCGCGGUCAACAGCGUGUCGUUCUCGCCGAGCAAGAAGCAGCUCGCGAGCGGCGGCGCGGACUCGUGCGUCAUGCUCUGGCACUUCGGCCCCGCGAGCCACGUGCCCGGGACGCGGCCGACGCGCGCGUACCGCUUCGUGGGCCACCGGGGCGCGGUGAACCGCGUGACGUUCAGCCCCGACGGCACGGGCCUCGCGUCCGCGUCGAGCGACCGGACCGUGCGGCUCUGGGAGACGAAGGCGCGGGGCGAGAGCACGGAGCUCAAGGGCCACGGCGGCCCCGUGCGCUGCGUCGACUACGCGCCCGACGCGCGGCGGCUGCUCACGGCGUCGGACGACAAGACGGUGAAGAUCUGGGCGCUGCCGCAGCGCAAGUUCCUCUGCACGCUCGGCGCCGGCGAGCUGGGCAGCCCCGGGGCCGCGAAGAGCCCGCGGCUCCGCGGCGGCGCGGGCUCGGCGACGACGAGCCACAGCAACUGGGUCCGCGCGGCCAAGUGGGCGCCCGACGGCCGCCUCUGCGCGUCAGCGUCCGACGACAAGCUCGUCAAGCUCUGGGACGUCGAGGGCCGGUCCUGCGUGCGCACGUUCUUCGAGCACGAGGGCGCCGUGCGCGACGUCGCCUUCUCCGGCGACGGCACGUGCGUCGUGUCCGGCGGCGACGACGGCAAGGUCAACGUCUGGGACGCGCGGAGCCACGGCCUCAUCCAGCACUACGCGUCCCACGCCGGGCCCAUCACGUCCAUCGCCAUGGAGCCCCGCGCGGGCCACUACCUCGCGUCGUCGGGCGACGACGGCACGCUCAAGCUCUACGACCUGCGCCAGGGCCAGGUGCUCUACACGCUCCGCGGCCACGAGGGCGCGGCGACGGCCGCGGCCUUCUCGCCGCGGUCCACGGACGGCGAGCUCUUCGCGUCCGGCGGCGCGGACAAGGUCGUCAUGGUCUGGCGCACGAAGCUCGACGGCUGCGCGCCCCAGCCCCCGUCGACGACGAAGCCCCGGGCCGCGCGCGCCAAGGGCGGCGCGCUCAAGGCGACGACGCGCGGCAACAAGACGCCCGCGCCGCACCACCCGGCGGUCUUCGAGCCCAAGUCCCUCGCGCCGCCCGUCGUCGCCUCGACGCUCGACCACGUCGUCGGCCAGCUCGACAUCAUCACGUCCACGCUCGCGAUCCUCGAGCAGCGCCUCUCCAUCACCGAGGACCGCGUCUCCACGAUCCUCAAGUCCAAGACCGAGGAGCCGUCCUCCUAG